GGCAGCCUGACGUUCUUUUAUUCUUCUGUUGUGAAUAAAGAUGUCCAGAGUUUGAAAGAUUUGCCCUGCUGCCGACGAUCUGUUUCCGAGUUUUUACGACCUACUCAUCGGUUUUAAACGAGACACGGUACCACAGAGAUUCCUGCUGGAGAUGGAGACCGAGAGAGCAGGACAGGGAAGCAGAAGAGGCCAGACACAGAACGAUGUUGGAACCUCCGAAGAAGAAACAAAAGGGAGGGACGGCUUGGGAUACACACGCAUUAAAACAGAACCAGCUGGCGACUUGGAUACACCUCUUCACCCUGACCACCAGAGGUCACUCUGUUCUGAAUCUGACACUGAUGACAGUGAGGACUGGGGAGAGACCAGUCACACUCAGUCAGAUUCCAUCUCUGUUGAGAAUCCAAACAUUGAUGUCAAAGAGGAGAUGGAUGAUGAUGAUCGCAAAUCACUGAUCGACUCUGUAUGUGGAAAGAAAAGCAUCUCAAAGGCUGAAUUGACACAACGCGCAAAAUCCUGCAGUGGACCUCUCACUUGUUCGCUUUGUGGGAACCAUUUUGAGACAAGAAGGAAACUGUGGUACCACAUGAGAAUUCACAGUGGCGAAAAACCUUUCAUCUGCUCUGAGUGUGGGAUGCGUUUUUCAGUAAGAGGUAACUUGAAGAGACACAUGAGAGUUCACAGUGGCGAAAAACCUUUCAUCUGCUCUCAGUGUGGAAAAUGUUUUCCAGACAAAGGUUCUCUGAAUAAUCACAUGAGAGUUCACACUGGUGAAAAACCUUUCAUCUGCUCCCUAUGUGGAGAAUGUUUUUCACUAGCAUGCACCCUGAAGAGGCACAUGAGAGGGCACACUGGAGAAAAACCUUUCAUCUGCUCCCUGUGUGGAAGAGGGUUUUCAGUCAGCAACAGUCUGAAGAAACACAUGAGAGUUCACACUGGUGAAAAACCUUUCAUCUGUUCCCAGUGCGGUAAACGUUUUUCACUCAAUGCCCACCUGAAGAGACACAUGAGACUUCACACUGGUGAAAAACCUUUCCUCUGUUCCCAUUGUGGAAAAUGUUUUUCACUCAACGCCAGCCUAAAGAAACACAUGAGACUUCACACUGGUAAAAAAACUUUCAUCUGCUCCCAGUGUGGCAAAUGUUUUGCAGAGAGUAACAAACUAAAGAAUCACAUGAGAGUUCACACUGGUGAAAAACCUUUCAUCUGCUCCCAGUGUGGAAAAUGUUUUUCAGAUAACGGCAAUCUAAAGGUUCACAUGAGAAUUCACACUGGUGAAAAACCUUUUGUCUGCUCCCAUUGUGGCAAAUGUUGGUCAGACGGUACCAGACUAAAGAAUCACAUGAGAGUUCACACUGGUGAAAAACCUUUCAUCUGCUCCGUGUGUGGAAAAGGUUUUUCAGCGCGUGGCAGCCUAAAGAAACACAUUAGAGUUCACACUGGUGAAAAACCUUUCAUCUGUGCUCAGUGUGAUAAAUGUUUUUCAGACAACGACAACCUAAAGAGACACAUGAGAGUGCACACUGGUCAAAAACCUUUCAUCUGCACCCUGUGUGGAAAAUGUUUUUCACUUAAAUGCCACCUGAGUUCUCACUUGAAAACUCACAUUGGAAAAAGCAACCUGAUGAGGAAUAUGAAGAUACAGUCUGGAGAAAAACCUUUCUUUCCUUGAGUGACCAAAAAUUCAGUAGAUUUUUGCAUACUACCAUAAAAUACAUUGUAUUUCUUACAAUUAUAUCUUAUAAAUUGCUCAUACGCUGCCGCCAUCUUGUGACAUCACUGGGUACUGAAGUGGUGGAUGUAGCGCCAAUAUCAACCAAUAAUGAGGGAUUUGUCCACAGUUUUUGAGGAGGAAGAGCAAGUUCAUGUGAACCAAGGACAACUCAGAUUAUUUGAGGAUGUUAAGAGUCUGAACAUUUCCCAGUGUGGGGAACAUUUUUCAGCCUAAGGCAGCUUGAAGAGACACAUGAUCAUUCACACUAGAGUAAAAACAUUUCUCUGCUCCUUGUGCAGUUGCCGUUUUACUGUUGAAGAGAAGUUAAGUUGACACAUUAAAACAUCUUCUGUCACAAGUCAAAUGAUCACCUGAAGAAAGAUGCCAUUGUGUGAGAUAUGGUAGACUGUGUUACUGCUUUGACAAACAGGAUUAUAUUCACCAACCAUCCUGAAUGUUUCCACUUGGACUGCACUGAUCAUCGAUUCCUGAUAGCAGUUGUCUUGGGACCCUGACAAGCCGACAUCGACUUUUUUACCAAGCUAAUGAAAUGCACCUUUUUAAAUUAAUCACACAAAACUAAAUCAUACAUUCUUUAAAGUAAGUGAGUAUCAAUGAAAUAUCAAAGGUGUGAGCCAAACUUUCAGGUCAAAUGAUCCCUAAAAAAGUGCAAAGAUUAUGAAAGCGAUCAGCACGCCAAUCGGCUGGACUAAUGACCCGUGCAGUGUCCACUGUUUCCAAGGAGAAUUGACAUGGUUUGAGUUCCUGUAAGUGGCGGCAUGAUCUCUUUGUUUGUGUCGAUAGAGAAACUUGAUUGUAAAAUUAUAUCUAAUUCUCAUUGAAGACUUCGCAAAUCUUGAAGUCUCAAGUGUCAUUUCAAAAAUAAAGGCCUUUUGAUAGUUGUGUAUUGAUGAAUGACUUGCAUUACGAGUUUAUCAUGAUAUUUUGGAGAAUCCCAUGAGUUGACCGCUAUGGCCCGUUUGAGACUUAAAACU